AUGUUCACAGACAGUGCCGCGAGUGUUUCACCUGCCUUUGAAGAUGUACUGCCGGAGGAGCCGCACACCACCGCCAAGCGGCGUGAGAUCUGCCAAUCAUUUCAACACGGUAAAUGUCGUCUCGGUGCGGCCUGUCCCGAACGCCACGUCCUCUCGCAAUUCAAAACGAUGCGAUUGGAGGUGUGUAAACAUUGGCUGCGUGGGGCCUGCGUGAAUGGUGAGAAUUGUCUCUACCUCCACGCCUAUGAUGAUCGCUAUGUGCCCGCGUGUGCCUUCUAUCAACGCCUUGGGGAGUGCACAAACCCGGAGUGUCCCUUCCAGCACGUGGCGCAGGCACAACAGCAACAACAACAGCCGGAGUGUGCGGCGUAUCGCCGUGGCUUCUGUCCACGUGGCCCGCAGUGUCAUUUGCGGCAUGUGCAGCGGGAGGCGUGUGUAUAUUAUCUCGCCGGCUUCUGUCCACUUGGCCCACGUUGUCCCUUUGGACAUCCCGUGCAGGAGUUGUACAACCGCAAUGCGGUGGCGGAGCGGCUGCGGCAGCGAAUGUUGAUAGAACGUGCGGAUGAUCCCACAUUUAAUAAGAACGCGACAUGUUAUCGCUGCUUUGAUCCUGGGCAUCUCGCACCAAAGUGUCCUGGAGUCCAGAAUGGUAUUCUGCGACGACUCUUACUUACAGUGCAGGAACCUGGGGAGCAGUUGUACUUUCAGAGUGAUGGGCGAACCACGCGGAAGUGUUGUUUUUUCUGUGGAGAAGAGGGACAUGAGGUUCGGGAUUGCCCGAAGAAGUCUAAGAGUCAUCAAGGACAUGCGUGGCAUAAUCAUCGCCGUGGAGAUAUGGCUGGGAGGUGA